AUGGAGGCCGCCAGGCACGUCACCGAUACACCCGAGGUUUGGAAGCUUCUCAGCCGCCUACCUUUAAUGCACCGCAUCCCCACCACCCAAGUUGACUCUUUAACUAUCCUAGUUCUUGGAUGGAGCGAUAAUGAGCUUCUGUUCUUGGGACGGGAAUACCCUCUGGGCUAUCAGUAUUUCCGGGAUCGUCUACACCGUGCUUUUGCAAGUCAGACUCAGAUUACCGAUGAUGAGCAGAUCCGAAAGGGAAUAGCGAGGGCGGAGUUUGUGAAGAAAGAAGUGGAAGCAUUGUAA